CUUCAACUGCGAGAGAGUUGAGAUAUUCGGGAUCAACAUUUGUUCCAAGCCAAAUAUGAAGAACACCAACCCUGAAUCUACCUUCACUCUCUUCAAAAAAAAAAUUUCCUUCAAAUUUUUUUUUUUGGGGGGGGGGGGGGGGGGGGGGGAAGCCGCCACCCCCAGCCCCCCUAAAUCCUCCUCUGCUCAUAGGAACAUUAUCUUCUUUCUGUAAUUAUUGUAAAACGAUCGCAGCAGCACUCUUGUUGUUCCUUAAACAGGAAAAAAACUUGGUCCUUUACAAUAUGUGGUGCAACGUGCUGUAAGGAUUUUGUUGCACGUCAUUCAGCAUAUUAGAACAGAUUAAUGAUCAGGAAGCAAACUAGAAGUUGUAGCUUGGAAACCUUGUUUCUACCAAUCUAUGUAUUAUUGUCUUCUUGCUUUGGUUGACUAAUAUAGAUGGAUGUUAGUAAUCCGGAACGAAAUAGCAACACCCAAACCGAUCAAUAUCCUUUGCUGAUGGAGCAGCUGGAAACCCACAAUGUUCAUCAGCACAUAAUUGAUAUUACAAGGAACACUGAAGCUUUAUCCAGCUCAUCUCAUAAUGAUCAACAUCCUGAAAUACAUCUACCCCAGAAUGAAGAUCAACUGACUGGCAGCACAGUAGUCCCCACUCAUCAAAUAUCUUCAUUUUCUGCUUCCAGAUAUAAUUCUAGAAAUUCCUCGUCGACCAGAAGAGGUGAGGGAUAUGGUCAUCGCAGAAGGAGCCCACUAAAUUCUGGACUAUGGAUUUCUGUUGAGCUUCUUGUCACUUUGAGUCAGAUCAUAGCUUCUAUUGUAGUAUUGUCACUAUCCAGAAAUGAAAAUCCCCAAGCACCAUUAUUUGCGUGGAUUGUGGGUUAUGCAUCUGGUUGUGUUGCCACACUUCCUAUUCUUUACUGGAGGUAUCGAAACCAUAAUCAAAGUACUGAACAAGAUACUUCUCAACCAUCUCAAGGAUCCUCUGGAAGCGACCCUGCAGAACCCACUUCAUAUACUGCCAUCUCUGUUGCUCAUGUUACAGAUGAAGACAAUAGUCAAGCUACAGAAUCAGCCAUGAGAAGUGCCAGAAUUCCUGGAGCCUUUAGUUCUAGGUUUAAUGGAUUAGUAGACCAUUUCAAGAUGGCCUUGGAUUGCUUCUUUGCAGUUUGGUUUGUUGUAGGCAACGUAUGGAUCUUUGGAGGUCACACUUCUCCUUCUGAUGCUCCGAAAUUGUAUAGGCUAUGUAUAGUGUUUCUUACCUUUAGCUGCAUUGGAUAUGCCAUGCCAUUUAUACUCUGUGCAACAAUUUGUUGCUGCCUACCUUGCAUAAUUUCUGUUUUGGGCAUACGGGAGGAUUUUUCUCAAAACAGGGGAGCCUCAGUAGAAUCUAUUAAUGCUCUACCAAUCUACAAGUUCAGAUUGAAGGAAAAUGAAAAUGGUGGUGUUCAGGAUGUCAACACAGCUGUAGAUGAAGGUGGAGUCCUGGCUGCCGGGACAGAGAAGGAACGCGUGAUAUCAGGAGAAGAUGCUGUUUGUUGCAUUUGCUUGGCAAAAUAUGUAGAUGAUGAUGAGCUUCGGGAGUUACCCUGCUUUCAUGUCUUUCACGUAGAGUGUAUUGACAAAUGGUUGAAGAUAAAUGCUUCCUGUCCUCUUUGUAAAAAUGAAGUUGGUACAAGUGGUGGAGUGUCACCUUCAGCCACUGGCUCCACUCAGCCUUAGAUGAAGAAUGGGUGCCAAGUCAGCCAGUCAUUGAUGGUAUGCAAGGUGCUAGUAAUUGUUUUCCCCCAAGGUUUUUGCAGUUUUCAUCUGUACAUCAAAUGUUUGGAGUCUGCUUUCAAGAGUGAUUUAUGUAUAUCAUCUGAGACACAAGAGACAUGCAAUAUUGGCACCUUUCAAGAAUGUUCUGUAAAAAUAGGCUGCAUGUCCCAUUUUAAAAUCAUUCUACAGUUAGCAGUUCUCCAUGUGUAUAUAUAUUACAUAUAUAACAAAAUAUAAUGAAAAUGUUGAUUUGCGUUGAAUUUAAAG